AUAAACGCAGGGGAAAAGGGCAAAUUGGAUAGCUUUACAUCUGUAGGGCAAAGAACAGGGGAAAACUUUAAGAUCGGUUUUGAGCAUUGAUUUAUGGAAAUUUUGAAGCUUCCAUGGUUGAUACUGAAAUGAUUGGUAAUGGGAGUAAAUAGGUAGCAACUUGGGUGUCAAAAAGAGAAAACCUUUCAAACUCCACCCUCCAAAAAUCCACGCUCUAGGAUCCCUACAAUCAAGCUCCCCUCAAAAACCAAACAAAUAAACCUCUCCUUUUUCCAGGGGGAAUCCUAAAUCCCAAUCCUUUACAAAAAAUAAUAAGACGACAAAUGGAGGAUUGCAUGAGGGUCUGCAUGAGAAAGCUAGCGCUUUGGUUCACCAAAACGUUCAAACCCCUCAUGACGCACGACGAGCUCGAGCCCAUCAUGGCUACCAUGGGCUUCGUCGGCCUCCCGCCCGUCCAGGGAACUUCCGCGGUCGCCUGGAAGGAGUACGUCCACACGGCGUCCCCGGGGCUUUCCUGGCGCUCCAAGUCUUCGUAUUGCUUGGGCUCCACGGCAGGUGAAUCACCUACGACGACGCCGCCGCCCAGACCGAGGCUGCCAUACCCCAGGAUCGAUGGGCUCCACAUUUACACCUACCGCGCCUUCAUUGACGCCGUUAACUUCUAUCUCGAGAUGUGCGAUAUCUCUGAACUCUUCCACAUUAGGGGGAUGCCUCUUCAUCGGAUUCAUGACCGAAACAGGAAGUGGCGAUGCAUGGAAGAAGAUGAUAGUGUCUUUGUCUACAGGGAAGGAACACUGGAACAAACAACAUAUAACUUGUAUCACUUCAACAAGCCAAACUCCAGUUGCAACGGCCACAGUUCCAUAGUCAUUCGUGACAAAGGGAACACCAUCCCGGUUAGCUGCAUUGUCCCAUUGAAGGAUAUUAUAGUGUGGCUAGAAAGAUGCUAGGGAAGGGAACUUAAGCAUAAACACCUAUAUACAUAAAUCUUCACUUUGUCUUAAAACUUUUUACAGAAUAUUUGGGAUUCUCUCUUGCCGGUAAGGCUCACAUUUUUGUCAUAGUAUUGAUAUUAUCCACAGCUGUUUUCUUCAA